ACUCACAGCCCUGCGCUCCCCUAGGUGCUCUCUCCGGUGGCAGAAGCCGGCAGAUUGGACCAAGCGGCUUCUUGCUCCCACAAAGCUGCGCGAGCCGCCGCGGCUGCCGGGAGUUGUAGUCUUCGCUGUGCGUCCUGCGUCGGCCGAGGGUGAGGGCGGAGCUGCGGGCGGCCCGGGCGGGCUGGCAGCUAGAGUGGGUGCGAGAGCUGCCUCCACCGCCGCCGCCGCCACCGCCUCCUCCGCCCGGGCCGAUCGCUGCUGAGCGGAGAGAGCGAGGCGGGGCCGCCGGGGCCGCCAUGGAGCCCGACUCGGUGAUUGAAGACAAGACCAUCGAGCUCAUGUUACCGAAGUGCAUGUUUGGGAUUUUGUUGAAGAAAGCUGGAUACAGUAAACGGAAAGAAUCUUGGAAGAUGCUUGACUGCUGUCUUUUCUCAGACUAGUCUGAAGGGAAUCCCCCAUUCAUUCAGUGGUGGAUCUGAAGUGCAAAAUACUUUCCAGUGUUCUGUGCCAAGGUCUUUGUGGCUAGGCUGCGCCAACCUGGUAGAGAGCAUGUGCGCACUGAGUUGCCUGCAGAGCAUGCCCAGUGUCAGAUGUCUCCAGAACACUUCAGUUAUGGAAGAUCAAAAUGAAGAUGAGUCCCCAAAGAAAAGUGCUCUUUGGCAGAUCAGUAAUGGAACGUCAUCUGUGAUUGUCUCCAGAAAGAGGCCGUCAGAGGGGAACUACCAGAAAGAAAAGGACUUGUGCAUUAAGUACUUUGACCAGUGGUCUGAAUCAGAUCAGGUGGAAUUUGUGGAGCAUCUUAUCUCACGGAUGUGUCAUUAUCAGCAUGGACAUAUUAACUCUUACCUGAAGCCCAUGUUGCAGCGGGACUUUAUCACUGCUUUACCAGAGCAAGGCUUAGAUCACAUAGCAGAAAACAUUCUCUCCUACCUGGAUGCCAGGUCUCUGUGUGCAGCAGAGCUGGUGUGUAAAGAAUGGCAGCGAGUGAUCUCAGAAGGGAUGCUUUGGAAGAAGCUGAUUGAGAGGAUGGUGCGCACCGACCCUCUCUGGAAGGGACUCUCAGAAAGAAGAGGCUGGGAUCAGUACCUGUUUAAAAACAGACCUACAGAUGGCCCUCCCAACUCAUUUUAUAGAUCAUUAUACCCAAAGAUUAUCCAGGACAUAGAGACCAUAGAAUCCAACUGGCGGUGUGGACGACACAACUUGCAGAGGAUCCAGUGCCGCUCUGAAAAUAGUAAGGGUGUCUACUGUUUGCAAUAUGAUGAUGACAAAAUUAUCAGUGGCCUCCGGGACAACUCUAUCAAGAUCUGGGAUAAAAGCAGCUUGGAAUGUUUGAAAGUGCUAACGGGCCACACAGGCUCUGUCCUCUGCCUCCAGUAUGAUGAGCGAGUCAUUGUAACUGGUUCUUCAGACUCCACGGUGAGAGUCUGGGAUGUGAACACUGGUGAGGUGCUCAACACACUCAUCCACCACAAUGAAGCCGUACUGCACUUACGCUUCAGCAAUGGACUGAUGGUGACUUGUUCCAAGGACCGUUCCAUUGCCGUGUGGGACAUGGCUUCUGCCACCGAUAUCACUUUACGCCGUGUUCUGGUUGGCCACCGUGCUGCUGUCAAUGUAGUAGACUUUGAUGAUAAAUACAUCGUGUCUGCUUCAGGAGACAGGACCAUUAAAGUGUGGAGCACGAGCACAUGUGAGUUUGUCCGCACUCUGAAUGGGCACAAGCGAGGCAUCGCCUGUCUGCAGUACCGCGACCGGCUUGUUGUUAGUGGAUCAUCAGAUAAUACCAUCCGGUUAUGGGAUAUUGAAUGUGGUGCCUGUUUAAGAGUCCUAGAGGGGCACGAAGAAUUGGUCCGGUGCAUCCGUUUUGAUAACAAGAGGAUUGUCAGUGGCGCCUAUGAUGGGAAGAUUAAAGUCUGGGACUUGCAGGCUGCUCUUGACCCUCGGGCCCCAGCAAGCACAUUGUGUCUGCGCACCUUGGUGGAACACUCUGGACGUGUGUUUCGGCUGCAGUUUGAUGAGUUUCAGAUCAUCAGCAGCUCCCAUGAUGACACUAUUUUGAUUUGGGAUUUCUUAAAUGUGCCUCCCAGUGCCCAGAAUGAGACCCGCUCUCCCUCCAGAACCUACACCUAUAUCUCCAGAUAGCAGCCUGCACUUUGGCCCAAUCUGGGUUUCCUGGUCUUGAACUACUGGCUAUAUGGCUAUCACAUGCCUAAGGGAGUUCGUUCACAGCUGAGUUUGGGGCUGGACUGGUUCCAGAUGCUGGGUAGAUACAGAGCAGCCCCACCCCUCAAGCCCUGACAUUCUCACUGCACCCCAGCUCUACUUGGAGAAGGACUCCUUAGCUCUCCACUGCAAGUAGAGCAGCAGCUCAUGUCCCUCCCUUCAGUGAAGACCCCAGCGCUUCCCAUGCACACGUUCCCACGAAGGACACAGCAAGGACUGUCAGGAGAAGCCCUGCUUCUAACUUAUGUCGUCGCUUUGCGCCUUGGUUUGGUACUAAAAGCAGCCUUGCAUUCUCGGUGAAGUGCUGGGUGCCAAACGACUACACAGCGUCUUCAGGGCUUUCCUCUCCAGCAGCAGCUUCUCCUUAGACCGUCAGUCACAGUCACCGUCGCUCUGACGUGCAUAGGAAUGUGUCGGACAAUGGGCAGAUCUGGAUUAUCUUAGUAUUUUUGGAUUACACUUUCUUUCUGUUUGUUUCUUUUAAUUUAAAGAAUAAGUGGGCUAUAUUACCUCUGCACAGGUGAUAUAGCUAUUUUCUUUUAUUAACUGUUCUCUGUUCUUCCUCAUCUUCUGAUAUUUGGUAGAGUAACACCUUUAUCCGAGUGCUUGCCUCCUAAUUUAAAAUACUGUAUCCGCAUGUAGAUAGAGUGUACAUAACAGUCCAAGCUCAAGGGUGCUGGCCGGCCCCCUGCACCUGAGACACUACUGUGGAGAUUGUCACACCUACUCCAGGGUUGCUGUGCUGGCCUAGAGCCUCCUUCAGUAUUCACUUGGGUUUUAGUUGUCACUGUCUUUGUGUGUGCUGUGUGUUUUCAGACAGAACUUGAGAAGUCUCCCAUGUUUAUUUGUUGUGUGGCAUCUGCAGUGGGCAGGUAUCUUCACAGUCUCCACAUUGCUGUUCUUUUCCUCACGCUUACCCCUAGAGCUAGUGCUCACCUCCUUGGGGUGAUCAUUAGCUUCUCUGUCCAACAUCCUACCACACGGCAGUGACCCUGAGAUGGAGAUGGCGGCCAGUGGACAGGGCUCCUGGCUCUGGGCUCCCUGUACUCGGAUGGGUGUUGGGGGCUAUAGAGUUAGAGCCUGUGGAGCAGGUCAGCUGGCCAGAGCCCACAUUAGGGACAAGGCACUCCUCUGUGUGUGGGGCACAGCCUCAGGCCCUGUCAGCUCUGCUGUCACUCAUCACUGUGAGAGUGGCACCCAGGCAGGACAUUGGUGACAUUAUUUCCCUCUUUCAAAAUUAGGUUUUGAUUUCCCCUUGCCAUUGUUUCCAAAGAUGAAGGAAUGUUAGUACGGUUUUAAAGGACCAACCAGCCCCUCCCAGUGAAUGAAGCCUCUUCCCAUGGAAGCACACUCUAGGAGAGAGAAGGCCUCUGGGCUCCACCUGGCCUGGCAUUAUGAAUGCAGUGGGGUCAGUGUGUGGUGGAUGUGUGUACUGGGUUGGCUUUCCUUUUUAGUUUUUUUACUUUUUAGUUUAGUUUGUUCUUUUCCUUCCCCAAUAAAUCAUUCUCACAUGCUUCCAUGUUUGUUUCUGAGAGGUGGGGGCUCAAAUGUAUAGAAAGUAGGCCCCAGUCCAUAAGGAGGUGUGAACACACCCCCUUACUGCUUAUCACCCAUUUGACAGGAACGCCCAGGAGGGGAGGGGGAGGGGAAGAAGUGAGUUCUGCACAGUCGGACAUUUCUGUUGCUUUUGCAUGUUUAAUAUAGACGUUCCUGUCGAUCCUUGGGAGAUCAUGGCCUUCAGAUAUGCACACGACCUUUGAAUUGUGCCUACUAAUUAUAGCAGGGGACUUGGGUACCCAAGGAAUUCCAAUUUCUGGGAUUACAGUAGUAAUUCCCAGCUGUACUCUGGACUUGAUUUUGCUAACUGUAACUGAGCAACUGUAAAUUACUGCUAUAUUAAUGUGUUAAAGCACUGGGGUAGUCUAAUUCUAACUGGUAAUUAUGUUUGCCAAUUAUCUGUUUGAAAUAAAUAUGUGUCUGAACAGCUAUUGAAACUGUUAAAUUGUACAGAUAUUAUCAUGACGGCUUUGUACUGUGGAAUGUGCUUAAUAAAAACAAAAGUUUGACCUUUGUCCAAUAAAUUGCUAAGUAAUGUCAAUAAAUCAAGAUGAGUAUUAUGCAGUACACCUGACCUGGCUUCCUGGCGAUUGUUACUUCAGCUACUGAUUCAAGCCAAUCCUCUAAAUAAAGUGUUGCAGUGCU